AUGGUCUGCCUGGCGACUUGCGCCAUUGGUGCUGCUGCCCUAUGCCUGGUCGCGGCCCAGAACUCAACUGCCCCCCCGACGAGUGAGCCCGCCAAUCCUAUGCUUCUGUUGAACUCGGACGAGUCCUUUCACUUCGAAAUCCUCCGUACACUAUCGCUAGCUCUUGCCGAGGGCGCUGAUAUCGCCGAGGUGCUCGUUGCGGCGCAGCAAAUCAAGGCGUCCGAUUUCGAAAGCUACUACAAGGCGUUUAACAGCCUCGCAGAGCGCGUCGACAAGCAGGGACAGGCAAUUGACUGCACAAAAUACCCUGCUUCGUUCCGCGGCAUGCGCCUCAAGGCGGCCAGCUACUUCCGCGCCGCCGACUUCUUUCUCCACGGCAACUGGGCCGACCCGCGCAUCGACAGUCUCUGGAAGAAACAGACAAAGGCCUUCAACGACGCACUGCCUCUCCUGGCGAGUCCGGGGCGCCGCACGACGCUCAAGUCCAAGGAUGGUAAGUUCAAGAUCCCGGCCAUCUUCUAUGGCACGGGCAAGCCUGGCCGUCACCCCACCAUCCUUAUGUGCAACGGCUUCGACGGCUCCCAGGAGGAAAUGUUUCACAUUUUUGGCAAGGCGGCCCUCGAUCGCGGCUACAACGUCAUUACAUACGAGGGCCCCGGCCAGCCCAGCGUCCGCCGUGACCAGAACAUUGGCUUCAUCCCCGACUGGGAGCGUGCCAUCUCCCCAGUCGUCGACUAUGCCAUCUCUCUCCAUGAAGUUGACCCCAAGGCUAUCGGCACCAUCGGCUACUCGCUGGGUGGCUACCUGGCUUCCCGCGCUGCCGCUUUCGAGCCCCGUAUCGCCGCUGUUGGUGCCAUUGAUGGCGUGUACGACUUUGGGGCCACCUUCACCAGCCAGCUGCCUACCAUCGCGAAGCAAUGGCUGAAGGACGGUAACCGCAAGGAUUUCAACGAUCUGUUUGCACAGGCUAUUGCUGACCCGAGCACUCCUACCGGGAUUCGAUGGGCUGUCCAGCAGGGACGCUGGUCUUUCAAGGCCGACGAUUACUUUGACUUUGCCACAUUGGUCCAGAAGUACACCCUGGAGGGCGUGGCUGGAAAGAUAAAACAGCCAAUCUUUAUUGGCGACGCCGAGCUCGAUCAGUUCUUCCCUGGUCAGGCUCAGCAACUUGCCGAUGCCGUCACUGGCAGCUCCAACAAGGUCAUCCACUACUUCAAGGCUGCUGAAGGCGCCGGGGAGCACUGCGCUGUUGGCGCGGCUGUCUACCAAAAUCAAGUCCUCUAUGACUGGUUCGAGGACGUGUUCCAGGGAAGAAACUAA